AUGAAGCUGGUGACUGAUUGUGUAUUGAAGUUGUUGCUCCUCCACACCUUUCCUCCUCCUCAGUACCCUCCCCUCAACUGCUCAACUGUGAACUCCUUCACAACUAUCCCUCCUCCUCUUAUUUCUCCCCUCAGCAGCACAGCAGCAGACUACCCCGCCACUAUCCCUCCUCCUCUAGUUUCUCCACUCAGCGGCGCAGCAGCAGACUACUUCGCCACUAUCCCUCCUCCUCUUGUUUCUCCCCUCAGUGGCGCAGCAGCAGACUUCUCCGCCACUAUCCCUCCUCCUCUAGUUUCUCCCCUCAGCGGCGCAGCAGCAGACUACUCCGCCACUAUCCCUCCUCCUCUAGUUUCUCCCCUCAGUGGCGCAGCAGCAGACUACUCCGCCACUAUCCCUCCUCCUCUAGUUUCUCCCCUCAGCGGCACAGCAGCGGACUACUCCGCCACUAUCCCUCCUCCUCUAGUUUCUCCCCUCAGCGGCACAGCAGCGGACUCCUUCGCCCUUAUUCCUCCGCCUCUUAUACCUCUCCCCUCAUCUGCUCUGCAGCUCGCAGUCAACUUCCCCAGUUGGCUGAACUGUCUCGAGCGCACGCUGUCUGGCACCCUCGUGAGUGGCUUUAACCUCUGGUUUGUCACUCAGCAGAGUGGUUCUUGUGCCAUUCCUAAACCUGCCUCUUCACCUACCUCUACCUCCUCUGACCCCUAUGCUGAUGGCCUUCGUGCUGCUAUCGCUGAAACUGAGCGGAUUGCGGCCACGGCCCAAGCCACUGCUGCUGCUGCUCCUGACAAUGCUGCAGCCCGUGACCUUGCUCGUGUCCUUGCUGAGUCCCUCGAGAGCACCCGCAAGCGCCUCACUGAGCACCUCGCUGUCCCCUCUCCUCGUUCUGCCUCUACUCCCUCUGCUUCUGCUCCAUCUCACUUUGACCUUCUCGCUGACUGGCAUGUUGCCAACGCACGUGCCUGCCAGGUCAUCCUUGCCUGCCUACCUCCAACCCUUCUCCCUCAGUGCUCGCACAUCCGCUAUGCCAAGGACCUUCUCGGCUAUCUUACCGAGCGCUUCCAGUCGCAGACUCCCAUCAGUGUCAUUGCCCUCUUACGCGAGCUUACCUCUCUUCGCCUUGCUGACUUCACCACCAUGGCGGACUACAUCGCUCGUGUGCAGACGCUGUCCUCCCAACUUGCCUCUCAAAAGUUUGAACUUUCCGAUCAUGUGUGCGGUGCCCUCCUCACAGGCCUCACUCCUGAAUAA